UUCGGUCCCGUCUCGUUUCUGCUCAGUUCAGUGGAUUGAUUUCUAAAGAAGCAGACCACGUAAUCAAAACUUUUGUAUUUCUGUUUGAAAUGCACAGUUACAUUCAUAAUUAAGACUUUAAAGUUUUGAAGAACUAAUAGCCGUCUGCGAAUUUACUAUUCCAACAUGACAACAGAUGAUACUGAACCUAAAACUGAAGACGGUAACAAUAAUCAACAACCAGAUGUUGCAGAUCAUCAGAAAACAUUCACAUUAGAAAUACUACAUAUUAUCAAAGAAGCACAGCAACAACAUGGAUUACGACAUGGAGAUUAUCAGAGAUACAGGAGUUAUUGUAGUCGUAAACUUAGGCGUAUCAGAAAAUCUCUGCAUUUUAUGCAAGCCUCUAAGCACAGAUUUCAAGGUAAAAAAUUAACAGAAGAAGCUCUUACAGAUGUCAGGUUCCUUUAUAUUCCUCUAAUGAUGGCUGAACGAGCAUGGGGAUAUGCUAUGCAACUAAAGCAAGAGGCUAAUACUGAACCUCGUAAGAGGUUCCAUUUAGUUUCAAGAUUGCGCAAGGCUUCUAAAAUAGCUAAUGAAUUGGAAACAUUAUGUGAAAGUACAAAAUGUGAUGCAAGAACAAAACUAGAAGCUCAGGCUUAUGCUGCAUGGAUUAAAGGUUCACUGUAUUUUGAGCUUCAAGAAUGGCAAAAAGCUAUGGAAUUUUUUAGAGUUUCUCAAACUAUAUAUGAAAAGUUGUCUGAGGCUUUAAAUGAAGAGGAAAUAGUUCUUUAUAAGCAGAGAGUAGAAGAACUUAUUCCAAAUAUCAGAUAUUGCGCUUAUAACAUUGGGGAUGAAAGUGCUAUAAAUGAUCUUAUGAAAAUGAGGUUGUCAAGUAAAACAGCUGGUGAAGAUUUGCUGGCUAAUGAUUUGGAUCAUUUAAUAGCUCAAACAAGAGAGAAACAAGCUGUAACUUUGUCAGAGGUUGAAUGGAGAAAUCGAAAAAUCCCAGUUCGUCAUGAAAAGAUUCGAUUGUUUUUGCUGAAUGUGCAAGAUUCUCAAAUGCAAGUAGAGCAAGCUGCUGAUUUACAAGCUAAGAUUGCUGUUUAUGAGCAUUUACUUAUGGAAUGUAAGGAUGCCAUUCAGGUUGUUAGGGAUGAAAUAAAGGAUCAGGCUGCCAAAGGUCGUUCUGAAGCAGUUCAAUCUAGUUUAACCUUCUUGCAAUCAUACUUGACUUACAUCAGACUGUCCAAGACUGUAGAGCGUAAUUUGCUGUUGAUUGAAUCCUUGAAAGAGAACAUGUCUCCUGAUGCUGGAGGAGAUGGAAGGAGAGUAACAAAGCCUCAAGAUCUAGUUAGACCAUAUGAAAUUAUUAUUCAGAAUUUAAAUGAAAUGACUCAACUGCCAGGACUUGAAAAUGAUUCAAACUUUCUAGAAGAAACAGAAGCUAGUUCCUUAGCUUAUAAAGCUCAUAGGUGUUUUUAUAUUGCUGAAGUUUAUGCUGCUGCUAGCAAGUGGGUUGAAGCUGUUGCUCUCUAUGGAAGAGCAGAAGAAUAUAUAAAGCGCUCUUUAAAAAACCCAGCACUGAAAGAUAAGAAAUUAAUAGGUCAACUCAAAGAAUUGAAUACUAAAAUUGAAGGAAAUAAAUAUAAUGCUUAUUCCUUGAGUAUUUUGGGAAGUGAUAGUUCCAGCGCUCAGAAUGGAAAUGCUGAUAAGAACAAAAAGCUUUUAAUGGAGAGACUUGAUGAGUAUGUAGAAGAUCCAACUCUUGUUUCUCAGCAACCACGGAUUGCAAAAUUUCCUCCUGACUUUCAACCCAUUCCAUGCAAGCCUCUGUUCUUUGAUUUAGCUCUCAAUCAAAUAGAAUUUCCUUCGCUGGAUGAUCGCAUUGAACAAAAGAAAGGUGGUGGUAUCACCAACUUUGUACGAGGAUGGCUUGGAGGCUGGAAAUAGGCUGUACUUUAAAAGGAACUUUUCUAGGAGCCUUUGAUUAAAAUAUUUUCUUCUCA